GAAUUACUCAAUUGAAUUGACAAAUGGUGGCCAAGUAUACGAGCAACACUUGAAUGCAGCGUAUGGGGCGGAACUUGUGUUUGAACGUACAGCGGGGAAACGGAACAGCCAUUGUGUUUGUAUCCCUGUGACAGCAAGAUGCCAAUCCGAGCUUAUUGCACAAUUUGCUCCGACUUCUUCGAUCACUCCAGAGAUGUUGCUGCCAUCCACUGCGGACACACCUUCCACUAUGAUUGUCUUCUCCAGUGGUUUCAGACAGCCCCCACAAAAACCUGUCCACAGUGUAGAAAACAGGUCAGCACCAGACACAUCAUCAAUAAGCUGUACUUUGACAUUGGUGGAGAGGAGGAGCGCGGCACAGUGGACCCUGAAAGCUUGCAGAAUGAGCUUGGUCGAAUGAAGGUGCUUUUAAGCUCUAAAGAGCGAGACUGGCGGGACAGACAGAAUGUUUUGGACAGUUUGAAAGACACUGUGGACAAGCAGAAGAGAGACCUGGACAGUGUACGGAAAGAGAUUAUGGAGAAGGAGAUGCUCUGUUCUGCCCUCAGAAAGCAGAUGACAUACCUGGAGACACAACAUAAUGAAACUCAGGCUGCUAAGGAGGAAACUCGGAGACUUCGGACCAGAAUGAAAACCUUUGAAAGCCUGGACGUGUUGUUGCAGGGUCAGAGGUCAGAGGUGGAGUCUAUGAUCACAGAUAUGGGAGUCAGCCAGGCUGCAGUAGAGCAGCUGUCCAUCUACUGCAUCUCGCUCAAAAAAGAGUACGAUAAUCUAAAAGGAAGUCUGAAGUCUUCAAAUGACAUGUGUGAGAAGCUGAAGAGAGAAGUGCUCUCCUCAAACAAUAAGUUACACAAAGCCAUAAUGGAGGUGAAUCAGACCAAAGAGGACAUGAAGUCUCUGCAGAACGAUCUGGCCAACGCUGACAAAGAGAUCUCUAGUCUGAAGAAGAAGGUGGAGUUUCUUCAGAGGACUCUGAGCACCCCGACGCGGACAAACGAAGCCCUGAGUCGGCUCGUCUUUGAAAGCCCGGCCCCAAUGCAGCUGAAGCAGCCGUGCCUCCACAACCCCGCAGAUAGCGAGGACAUUGACCUCAACAUGACUUAUGACGUCACUACGCCAGAUGACAUGGUCAAGAAACCGAAGUUCCAAGCCAAGAAGAUGCGGCUUGAUCCUUCGGUGUCACCUGUGUCCAAACACAGUGAGAAAAGUUCAUCUCUAAGCAAGGCUCGAGAUGAGGGUGGAUCCAUGGAUCCUUUUUUCAGGAACUCCCUCCUCUUCAGAAAGAAGAUUUUCGGUAGCAUGUUGGACCCUCAGAGGAAGCCUGGAGUUAUGAGAAGUGGUUAUGACGGUUUAGGAGGACGUACUAAAUUCAUCCAACCUUCUCCUUUAUCAGAGAUUCGCCCGCUGGUGAAAGCUAAAAGGAAAAAGGUGACCAGGCCUCAACCCAAGAUUUCCACUUGCCUGACUCUGGACGGCUUCCUAGAGUAAACGAUGACCUCACUUUCCCGGAUGUGGAGUCUAAGGUCAGGAUGCUGCUGCUGUGUGAUGUCGCAUGUUUGUGCUGCUCUGGCACUCAGAACCAGCCUGGCAGCGGUUCUGCCACUCGGCACCAAACAGGACUCUCUCAUUGAACUUUAUUUAAAAGUAGUAACGGACCCACUGGACAGACACUGGAAAAAAGAUGCUGAACUUUUGUCGCCAUCAACAAACCUGCCGUACGUUUUAUUUUGUGGUGACGAACUCGUCUGUGGAGACUUUUCUUUUUCGUUUUUAUGUCGCUGUCUGUCUGUGUGUAAGGCGAGCCGUAUUAUUUGAGGACCACAAGACUGUGCUGUGUAUUGUGUCAUUAAUGUGAUCAUUAAUGACACAUGCAAUGACGAUGACGAUGCAUCUGUUCUCCGAAAAAUAAUCAGUUAGUUUUCGCACUUAUUUAUAACACCAACAUGUGCACAUACUUGAGUAUUUUUUUGUUUUACUGGUCUUGUCAGAUGUAAACAAACUCGCAUAAUAAACAAUAUUUUUUUUUAUUAA